AUGGAAUGGAAAAACCAAACUAUUCUGGUGGAAUUUAUUCUGAAGGGGCUUUCUGGUUACCCACGGCUUGAGCUUCUCUUUUUUGUGCUUAUUUUAAUAAUGUAUGUGGUCAUCCUUCUGGGCAACGGCACCCUCAUUAUAAUCAGCAUUUUGGACUCUCACCUGCACACCCCUAUGUACUUCUUCCUGGGGAACCUCUCCUUCUUGGACAUCUGCUACACCACCACCUCUGUUCCUUCCACACUGGUGAGCUUCCUGUCCCAGAAAAAGACCAUUUCCUUCUCUGGUUGUGCAGGGCAGAUGUUCCUUGGCUUGGCCAUGGGGACCACAGAGUGUGUGCUCCUGGGCAUGAUGGCUUUUGACCGCUAUGUGGCUAUCUGCAACCCUCUGAGGUAUCCCAUUAUCAUGAGCAAGUUUUCCUAUGUCCCCAUGGCAGCAGGGUCCUGGUUUGCAGGGUUUGUCAAUUCUGCAGUACAAACUGGGUUGGUGGUACAACUGCCUUUCUGCAGAAAUAAUGUCGUCGAUCAUUUCCUUUGUGAAAUUCUGGCUGUCAUGAAGAUGGCUUGUGUUGACAUCUCAGACAAUGAAUUUAUCAUGCUUGUGGCCACGACAGUGUUCACGUUGAUGCCACUGCUCUUGAUUGUCAUUUCUUACUCAUUAAUCGUUUACAGCAUCCUCAAGAUAAGCUCUUCUGAGGGGAGAAGCAAAGCCUUCUCUACAUGCUCAGCCCAUCUGACUGUGGUGAUAAUAUUCUAUGGCACUAUCCUCUUCAUGUACAUGAAACCCAAGUCUACAGACACACUUGAUUCAGAUAACUUGAGUGCUACUGACAAACUUAUAUCUAUGUUCUAUGGGGUGAUGACGCCCAUGAUGAACCCUUUAAUCUACAGUCUUAGAAAUAAAGAUGUGAAGGAGGCACUUAAAAAUCUACUGAACAAACAGUUCUUUAGCUAG